AUGGCCAAGCGAUGCCGCGCGAUCUUGAGCCUGGUCCUGCUCCUCGCCGCACUGAGGGCGACCAUGAACUUCUCGGUGCCACGCCUGCCCAGGCAAAAACGUGGUGUUUGGACACUCUCGCAGCAGGCAGAGACGCAUGAGCCCUUCAACGAGGAGCCUGGAAAGCCCUUCUCCUUCUUCGAGAUGGAGCUGCCCGACUGGCUGAUGCCUUCCCUCGGGGCGGAUGUCAAGACAGACUCCUGGGAGAACCACAGCAUCCUUGACUUCAGCUUGGACUACCACGUCCUUGCCGGCACCCUCUUCGGCAUGGCUCUCUUCUACGUAGGCGUCUUCGCCUAA